UACAUAAAAUGGCCUUUGUCAUGAUGCGACUCCGGGGGAAUUGUCAACAGAAUUAUCUUUGGAAAAUCUAACAAACAUGUCUCUCGCGUCGCUGCCAAGUUCAGAGCCUGAUGUUGCCGUAUCAGAGUGCCGUGCACUCUAUGAGCAAAUAUGGAACACGCCAUCAUUGACGCUGGAAUUGGCGAGGUCACCACUGAUGCAGCCUGCGUCACCGUCGAUGACUCUCGAGGAGCGGACGGCGCUCACAUACAAGAGAGCACAGGCCUUAGCACGCGCUCACAACCUGUCAUUGAAGGAUGUAGUUGAAAUGACACCAGCUUUCUGGAAACUUCACAUGGACAUGCUCACCGCUAUGGACGGCGGUGCAAUCAACCUGGUCAGCGUCCAGUAUAAUCUUUUCGUCGGCACAGUGGCUCCUUUUGCUGCCACGCAUCCAGAAUUGCCGGCCAUUAUAGAGAAGGCGUUGAGGGUCGAUAUCUCAUCACAAUUCAUGCUCACUGAGCUCGGACACGGCUUGGAUGCUCGCAAUCUUGAAACAACGGCGACACUUUUGCCCAAUGGCGGCUUUGAAUUGCACACACCGAACCCAAAUGCCGCUAAAUGCAUGCCACCUAAUACUCCACGAAAUGGCCUCCCGACCAUUGCAGUGGUAGUUGCCCGUCUCAUAGUUAAUGGAGAGGACCGCGGAGUCCGCCCAUUCCUUGUUCCCAUGUCCGAUGGUGCCAAGAUGUGCACAGGAAUCACCUCAAAAGUCUUCCCACUGCGCCCGGGCGCGAACCCAAUCGACCACGCCCUGACCUACUUCAACCACGUCCAACUCCCACCCUCCGCCUUACUCGGUAGCCUGGAAAAGCCCCGCAACGAGCGCGACAACUUCCUAAGCACAAUCCACCGCAUGGGCGCCGGAACCCUCUUCCUAGCAGGCGCUUGCAUUCCCCUUAUCAAGAUGGCUGUAUACAACGCCAGCAAAUUCAGUUACCGACGCCACAUCCUCGGACCUGACGGACAGCCUAUGCCCGUGAUUAAUUUCCGGACGCAGCAGCUUCCUAUCUUGCACGCUAUCGCGCGCGCGCAUGUUCUGCAGGCGUUUUUGAUUUACGCAGGAAGGCAAUAUUGCGUUGAGGCUGAUUCGCGUGUCCGCCAUAUCUUUGCAACGACGUUCAAGGCGGUUACGAUUCAUCACUUCAAGGACAGUCUCAGAUUUAUCAAUGAGGGCUGUGGCUGGCAGGGCUAUUAUGAUCGCAAUCAAAUCCUUGCCGCUAGUCUGGAGUUCAACGCAGUAGCAACUGCAGAGGGCGACGUUCGAGUCCUAGCUAUCCGUCUCGCCAGCGAACUCCUAAUCGGCCGCUACGAAGUCCCAUCACCAAAGAACCCUAACAGCCCUGUCGCCCGCCACGAAGCAGGUCUCUUCGCCGAAGCACGGAAAACAAUGAAACGCUUCAACAACAAACACCGCAGCGAAGCCUUCAACCGGGCCAUUCUCCCCCUAUGCUUCCCCCUCGUCCUCGCAAUCGGUUACCGUAUGGCCCUCGAGGCCGCUGAAGACAUCGGCAUCGAGCCCCAGCUCCGCGCCCUCUACGAAGCUGGAGUCCUCAAGGAAGACGCUGGUUGGUUCGCGGAGAAGGGCGGCAUUAGCCGUGAAGUGCAGCGCGAUAUGGAGGAACAGGCUGCUGAUGCUGUUCUCCCAGAAUUGCCGCGGUUGGUCGAGGAAACUGGCGUCGAGCCGUAUUGCUAUGCGCCUAUGACCUCGCAGGCUUUGUGGGAUGGGUAUCUUGGGGAGAUGGAGACGUUUUCAGGGGAUGCGGUGUGGAAGUUUGAAGAGGCGAAGGCGAAGCUUUAA